AUGGCAGACGAUAAGACCAAGAAGACAUUGGGCAGUAUACCGUUGAUGAAGACAAAAGCUGGUCCACGGGAUCGCGACUCGUGGCCGCAACGGCUUAAAGAGGAAUAUCAGUCGCUUAUUCAGUAUGUCCAACAAAACAAAGAUAAUGAUAACGAUUGGUUCCGACUCGAGUCCAAUAAAGAUGGCACCAAAUGGUUCGGCAAGUGUUGGUUCAUUCAUGAGCUAAUCAAAUAUGAAUUUGAGAUCGAGUUUGAUAUUCCGGUCACAUAUCCGACAACAGCUCCCGAGAUAGCCAUUCCAGAAUUGGACGGAAAAACAGCGAAGAUGUAUAGGGGAGGAAAGAUAUGCACAUCGGAUCACUUCAAGCCAUUGUGGGCCCGAAAUGUACCGAAGUUUGGUAUCGCACACGCAAUGGCACUCGGGGUUAGUCACACUCGUCUACUAUUUAAUUGA